UAUGAUUGAAAGGACGGGUAUGCACGGUUUACCAAAUGUAUAUAGAUCAAGUGGUCUUCUUAAAAAAAUGUUUUGGUUGAUAACAACUUUAUUCGCGUUUGUAUUCCUGAUUUGGCAAGUUACAAAGGCAAUUAUGUUUUAUUAUUCAUAUCCAACAACAACAAAAUUUCAACUUCAUAGUAGUCCUUCCUUACCAUUUCCAGCAGUUUCAUUCUGUAAUUUAAAUCCAAUUCGAAGUGAAUUGAUUGAAAAUGCUGGACCAUCUUUAAAAGGCUUGUUAAAAGGAAAAGAAUCAAAUAGAAAUGGAACUAUUACUAAAAAACCAACUUCAUUCUUUGACUGGAAUGAUACGGAUAGUUCUGAAGAAGAUAAUGUUUAUAGUGUAAACUCACAAUUUUUAGAAUAUUACUCAACUUUACCAAAGAAAAGUAGAAUAGACCUGGGAUAUAAUAUAACUAAUACAUUGUUAGCUUGUUCAAUCGAAGGGAAAAAAUGCGGUCCAAAAGAUUUUAAAUUAUUUAAUAAUUACUUUUAUGGUUUAACGUUAACUUUAUUUAUCGAUCAAUCCCAAUAUAUAAAAGAGAUUGCAGAAUCUGCUGGAAUUCAAUUAGUUGUUCACGAUCCCACUGAUAUGCCUUUUCCAGAAGAUAAAGGAGUGGCUAUAUCUCCCGGAAAAUUGUCAUUUAUUGGCUUCCAAUUGAAAGUGUCAAAUAACCUGUCGCCACCAUACGGAAUCUGCAAUAAUUUUUCUAAACUGGAAAAUCAAAACGUUAAUGCAUUUUGGAAUGAAUUAUCAAAUAUUUCCUAUACUGAAGAGGCUUGUAUGAGAACUUGUUAUCAGAAGAGAGUAAUUUCAAGAUGUGACUGCGCCGAUCCAAGAUACAAUUUUCAUAGUUCAACCUUUAAAAGUUCAGUUGAACCAUGUAAAAGGAGUAAUACAACACAAACUCAUUGUAAGGAUAAAGUAGAAUUAGAAUUUUCAAGAAAUUCACAAUUAUGCCAAACUGAAUGUCCAGCCGAAUGCGUUAAAAAUAUAUUUGAAAUAAGGGAAAGUCAUGCCCAAUGGCCAUCACUUCCUAAAACGGGAGAUAUUAUUGAUCUUUUGCAAAUGAAAAAUGAGGUGAUAUAUAAUAGAUUGAAGGAUUUUACAAACGAGAAAAGAGAAACCUUUGUCAGUCAAAAUGUACUGAAAGUUCAUGUCUAUUAUUCAUCAUUAACAUUUUUAAAAAUAAGUAGAGAAGCUACUUAUCAAACAACAAGCCUCCUUUCCGAUCUUGGCGGUCAAGUUGGUCUUUGGUUAGGAUUUUCCGUUAUAACAAUAUUUGAAUUUUUUGAAUUAGCCCUAGAUUCAUCAAUCCUACUCUUUUUAAAAUGUAAAACAGCAAAUAAAAAACAAUUCUAA